AUGGCCAUGAACUUUGUUACCUUCAACCAGGACUAUAGUUGUCUAGCUGUUGGAACCUCGAGAGGCUUCCGGAUAUACCACACUGAUCCUUUUUCGAAGAUAUUCAGCAGCGAUGAUGGAAACGUUGCGCUUAUUGAGAUGCUAUUCUCAACUUCAUUAGUUGCGCUCAUACUUUCCCCGAGGCACCUAGUCAUACAGAAUACGAAGAGAUCUUCGAUAAUCUGCGAACUUACGUUCCCCUCCGCGGUCCUUGCCGUUAGGUUGAAUCGAAAGCGGCUUGCGGUUGUGCUGGAGGAAGAAAUUUACUUGUACGACAUCUCAAACAUGAGCCUUCUCCAUACCAUUCAGACAUCUCCAAACCCGAAUGCGAUAUGCGCUCUUGCUCCAUCAUCAGAGAAUUGCUACCUUGCAUACCCGCUGCCGAAGGCUCGAGAAGAUUCAGGAGAUAAACGACCUGCUCAUGCACCACCCCCUUCCCCACUCGUACCACCAACCUCUGGCGAUGUCCUGAUAUUCGAUACCAUAAAGUUGGAGGCGCUGAACGUCGUGGAAGCGCAUCGUGCACCACUGUCUUGUAUUGCAUUGAACAAUGAUGGGACACUACUUGCUACAGCUUCGGAGACUGGAACGAUCAUUAGGGUGUUUUCCCUUCCAAAAGGCACCAAACUAUAUCAAUUUCGAAGGGGCACGUAUCCGUCGACUAUCUACAGCAUGUCAUUCAACCUAAGCUCGACAUUACUAUGUGUUUCAUCUACGACUGAUACUGUGCACAUUUUCAGGCUGGGUCCUCCCCCAACAGCGCUACGACCAAUGUCUCCAAAAUCUCCUGAUGACCGAUGGACUCGGUCUCGAAGCUAUGAUAGUGGGAACGAGUCUCCAACUACAGGAACCUCACCGGGCAGUGACAAUGGAGAAUCUCCUGCCGUUACUCGCAAGGCUAGUGGGACCUUUGGAAGCAUGAUUAGAAGGUCGUCGCAGUUGAUGGGAAAGAAUGUUGCAGGAAUUGUCGGGGGUUACUUGCCACAAGCCGUCACGGAGAUGUGGGAGCCCAUGAGAGACUUUGCAUUCAUCAAAAUCCCGAAGAGCGUGGGGACCAAUGCAUCAGGUGGUCCACUCCGAAGUGUGGUUGCUAUGCUCAAUAGUAGCCCACAAGUAAUGGUGGUUACUAGUGAUGGCGGAUUCUAUGUUUUCAGCAUAGAUCUGGAGAAUGGCGGCGAAGGUGUUUUGGUGAAGCAAUACUCUGUCCUCGAGGGAGACGAUAAGCUUGAUCAGUCAGCUAUUGACUACACCAACUAA